AUGGCCAGCCGAUCCGACCGACGCUCUCCCGCUCCCGCUUCCCAGUCAAAAAGAGAUCGCAAGCGACAAGCUCUUAUAGAGCGACUCUCUAGCAUGACUGAUAAGUUUUAUCGGGAAAGGGACAUGACAUAUCGCGAUCAGCUCCAGAAGAUCCAGUUCGACAUCAAUCUCGUCCAGCGCUUCGACCCUUACGAUCCAAAGGUCCUUGAGGUCAUCUCUGAACUCCAGAAGGAGCACACCAACACACAAGGUCCUCCGGUCAACGCUGAAGAUGCCCGGAGCUUGCUUGACAUGGCUGGCAUCCGAUUCUCUGACUUCGUUGACGAGGUCGAGGAUUUGGUGGAAAUUCGUGACUUUCAGCUGUCGCAGUCAAAAAACGAAUACGACCGACGACGAGAAGAAUACAGGAACACUUACGAUUACAAGGUUGAGACCGCCAAGCGCGAGCAUCGAGCACUUACCAACACCCUCCGAGAUCGAUUGGUCAACACCCUCACCCACAAGAAGAACCGAUUGAACCGAGAGAAAGAGGUUUUGGAAAUUAAUGAUUCCAAUGCCUUGCUACUCAACCCCAAUCAGUUCAGCUUGACCAAUCCUGCGAGCCCCGGUGGUCCCCACGGAAAGCGAGCCACACGUCUGCGCAAGGACGCCGACGAUCUGCAGAUGUAUUCCGACAACAAGAAGCGCAAGCGAAACGCCGGCGAUGACGAUGGCUCACCUGCCCCGACACGACGAGCCCUCGAUAACCACAACACAACACCUCUCUGGCAGUCUGAGAAGGCUCGUGCUGCUGCUAAGCAGAACGGACCCAUCUACAGCAUCGACAAGCUUUUCACGGACAAGGAGCUGUCGCUUAACUAUAACACUGCUGCCCUUGCUGCGCACCAGUACAUUCUUCGCAACCGUGUCAGUGGCGGCGGCUCUCCCGAGGAUAGCGAUUCUGGCAAUGGUGAAGCCAAUGGCGACCAGGACGCCGAUUCUCAACCUUCUGCCCCAGCUAUGGAGCGCUCCGUCUCGCACGCCACCCGCAGCACUCGUGGCGGUAACUUGCUUGACGACAAGAUUUUAGGUCUAGAGGGUAUCACCAAUUUCGAGGUUCACAACUUGGAUAUUCUCCACGCCCACGAACCCCCCAAGAUGCCACCUCCGGUUCCUCAGCAAUAUCUCAAGCCUUACCCUCGUACAGCGGACCAGAACUUCCCUGUACCCCUGUCCAAUGACGAUAUCACUUCCGACCUUACGAUCAUGGGCUUCUUCAAGCAAUACGACGCUGCACACAAGCCAGGAGCUCACCUUGAUCGCCCAACUGGAAUGCGCAGGGUUCUCGCAGCUGUCUCAAUACCUUACCAGCAUUCACGAUAUGUCGCCUUUACUAGCGCUCCUAGAGAAGACCCAGAAUAUGUUCGCGAUUCAUUGGGUCUACCAGCUCUCAGCAGCCUUCGAGAUCAGCCAAGCCCAGCACAUGCUGGUGCAGCUACUUCGGUAGCAGCUCUGUCCAGUGCCGCAGUGCCUAUGAGUCGCCAGAGCAGUGCCGGCGGAGUUGCCAUGAGCCGUCAGGGUAGCAGCAGUACGCGUGGCAAGGGACGUAAGAACUAG